AUGGAAACACAAGAUAAUUGUUUCAUUAUUGCUGGAGCUGGUAUUGGUGGUCUUGCUACUGCAUUAGCACUUCAAAGAAAUGGAUUGUCUUGUCAAAUCUAUGAACGUGAUCGAGACUUUGAAUCUCGUCGACAAGGUUAUAGUUUAACAAUUCAAAAAAAUGGAUUUGAAGCUCUUGAAAAUCUUGGCAUAAGUGAAAAUGUACGAAAACUUGGAGCUGAUUCUAUUAUUUCUGGAACAUCGACAUAUAAUAGUUUUGGUGAAGUUAUUUUUUCAAAACCGAAAAAACACAAUAAUAAACAUCGUUUUAAUAAUUUUGCUGUUGCACGACAAUCUCUUCGUGCAUGUCUAUUGAAUGAAUUAAAUCCCGAUGUUAUUCAUUGGAACAAAGAAAUUAUUCGAUAUGAAUCUAUACCCGAGAAUGCUAAAUACAUUCGAAUUAUUUUUUCUGAUAAUACAAGUAUAAUAGCACGAUCAUUAAUUGGAUGUGAUGGGGUUCGUAGUUCUAUUCGUAAACAAAUGUUAGGCGAUGAUUUGAAUUAUCUUGGAGUAUGGGCUAUCAAUGGAAUAUCACCGCAUCAAACAAAUCCACUUAUACUUAAUCAAACUGUUCAGAUGCUCGAUGGAAAAUCACGUUUAUUUAUAAAACCUUAUUCACUUGAUAAAUGUAUGUGGCAACUUACUUUCAAAGUAUCAAAAGAUGAUGACAUAUACGAUCAAUUAGUUCAAAAAGAUUUCCAAGGUCUAUUAAACAAAGCUAAAUCUGCUACGAAAGAUUGGUAUGAACCUAUAACAAAAUUAAUACAUGAUACACCAAUUAAUGAUAUUCGUGCUGGUCCUAUAUACGAUAGAGAUCCAUUAGAAAAUAUUAAAAAAGAUGUUGAAUAUGUAACAAUGUUAGGUGAUGCUGUACAUCCAAUGAGUCCUUUCAAAGGACAAGGAGCGAAUCAAGCUCUUAUGGAUGCAGUUAGUUUAGUACAAUAUAUAUUAAAAUAUGGAGAUGAUAUUGAAAAAUCUUUUAUAGAGUUCGAAACUGAAAUGUUAAAUCGUUCACGAAGUUAUAUAUUACGAUCAAGAUUUGCUGUAGAAUUUCUUCAUACUGAUAAUGCUCUUCUAACUGAGAAUAUGAUAGAAUUUGUACAUGGUAAACUUGUUUUAAAAUAA